AUGUCUGGACUCAACCUUUCUCUUCUCACUCCUGAGAGCAACGAAAGGGCAACUUUCCCUCAAUUCGCUCAACUCCCUGGCGAGAUUCGGGACAUGAUCUGGGAAGAAGCUCUCAUCAAGGACAGAGUGCUCAACAUACAUGUUUGGAACCUCGGUGAGGAUUGCGACAAUGCAGCACAGACUAUGAGGUUGCUCCACGGCAGGCGUUUCGACAAGGAACUUUUCAACGUACUUAACUCCCCAACUAUUCCCAGACUGACGGACGGACAAGAGACCAAAGUCAAUCGGGAGUCGAAGAAGGAAUAUGGCGUUAUGGUUGACGACAAAGCAGCCAUAAGUAAGUUCUUCUACGUCAACGCGGAGUCGCGCCGGGCUGGAAAAGAUACUUCCGAGUGCACAUUCCGUGUACUUAUGUGA